UAAAUAUAAUACAAUAAAUUGUGAUACUCAUGAAACUUGGCAAAAAGUUACUUGCAAAGAAGCAUCAAAAGGGUCUAGAAAAUUCUUUCGGGUUUCUAUCAGGCGGCGAUUUUUGGAGGUCGACAAAGUUUUACUACCCCAAAAUGCUGAAAUAUCUCGUUCUGUUUGUGGCAGUCCUUUUCGCUAUGGCAGCUGCUGUUCCAUUUCCUGCUCCUGGUCCUCUUCCGGAACCGGUUCCUGAACCUGUAGCUAGAUAUAGAGGUCAUGGUAGAGGAUAUGGAGGACAUGGAAGAUAUUAUGGAUAAUUAAAACAUGUUCGAUUGUUCAUCUUUAUUUUUUUUUAAUCAAUAAAAAUGUUGACAUGUAA